AUGCCAACAACUGGAUCGUUUAUUCCCCGCCGUGUCAAGACAACAUCCAAAGUAUCAACCAAAUCGAUAACUUCUUCAUCCAGUACAACAGACCCUUUGAAAAAGAAGGUUCCUGUCAAAACUUCCAACAUCAAGAGUUCCAGUACCAAGACACUUUCUAUAUUCUCGGAUAAGACUGCAACUCUUGCCCCGACGUCAACCGUGUCAUUGUUUUCCAACAUUGCGGAGGCCAAUAAGGAAAACAUGCCAUGUGGGCCGUCAAGAUCAAGCGUUAAUCGUGCUAACAAUAAUGGAGGAUCUCCAAUAAGGCUACGGUCUGGUAUUUCCAAGAACAUCUCCCAGAAAUCAACCCACAAGAAAAAGACUUUCGGUUAUAAUCGUAUUCCCCUUCGUGAACUUGAUACCCAAGAGGUCUUUGAGAGAGAUGAAGCAGUUCUUGGAGAUCUUCGCCGUCGUAGAUCUGGUGAACACAGUGGCGCCAUAAUCGAAGUCGAAUCGGUCCUUGCGUACCCCUCUCCGAACACGGCUAAUGCUACUACUGCUCGUGCGUCAUCGAGUAAACAUUCGGCUACAGGUGUCACUGGGACCAUUACAGCGACUGAAUACUACCAGGAUGACUCCGCUGAUGAGCGCGAGCAAGAAAUUCGCACCAAAAUUGAUGUUAUUCUAGCCUCUACUUCCGGGGACUCUAAGGGCAAAGGCAAGAUUAUGGCAAAGACCAUUCGCCAAAGGUCCGCUCACCCAGCUGUUCGUCAGAUGUCACCAGCUUUAUCGCCAUACCGCUCUGAGGCCUCUGCUCCUUCGUCCCCCGUAAAGUCUCAGGUUGAUUCUCCCCUUCGUAUUUACCGCUCUCCAUCACCGAGAAAGGCCUCUCCCUCUCCUAUUCGACGUUCUCAAAGAAUUGGCUUAGGUACAAAGGCUGUCAACACACUUUUGGCGGAAAAGAAACUGGUUGCCACUGUAGAGGGCAAGGAGGGUGAGAAAACGAAGAAGGUUAUCAUUACCACUUCUGCUGCUACAAGCGGUGCAUUGAAGAAGAAGUCCAGUACGACGAGGAAGUUUGGAACUAGCUCCUUAAGGAGAGCUGCUGGCGGUGCCACGACCUCGGUCUCAGCAAGAGAUCCCUCUAGGCCUCCUUUGGCUCUCACUGGAGGGAGGGUUAUGGGAUUGGAAGGAAUGCGCAAUAUGCGAUGA